AUGCUGUGCUCCUUUGAAGUCAUGGAAAGCCUCGCGGAAGUGGCCAUGGAAGCCUGGUGUGCAUCGCAAGGGCUUCCAGUGGCAACCGCCAAGCAGAAGUUUGGGGAUCUCUCGUUUGGCAACUCCCAGGAGGAGGGGAAGGGGAAGUCCGUCUUGAACCUCUACCACUACUUCAAUCUGGAGACCUGUGAUGAGGAGCCCUGCCGCUCUCACGCAGAUCCUGGGCUUCUCACCGUUCUGUGCCGCUCCACCGAGCCUGGGCUACAGGCCCUGCACCCGCUGAAGCCCGGUGGGGCGCCAGGGCAGCCAGCGGCCUAUGAGGACAGCUGGUGCGACCUGGAGCCGAUGAUGGAUGCUUUGGGCCAAGGAGAGGAGCCCCAUGUGCCCUUCUUGAUUUUGGUGGGUGAAACUCUGGAACGUCUCAGUGGUGGCUGGCAUCCAGCAUGUCUCCAUCGUGUGCAGCCCAGUGUGGUGCCAAACCGGCCGCGCUUCAAUAUGGCAUUUGAGCUCCGACCACGGUGUAACGUUUGGCAUCCCUGGUCCGAGCUGGCCAAGGAGCAAGAUCCCAAUGAAGAGAAACAGCGCAGAGGAAUGGUAGAUGAGAGGUGA